CAGUAGUGCUGCACACCACCGUGCCAAUGUACAGCGGCGACUUGCACGCGACCCUGGGCGUGGCGCGUGACGCGUCCCUCCAAGAGAUGCGGAGGGCAUACCGCCGCAGGGCUCUCGCCCUACACCCCGACAAGAAUCCCCAUGAUGCCCAUGGCGCCACGGCCAGGUUCCAGCAGCUGCAGGCGGCUUUCCAGGUUCUGUGCUGCGCCCAGGAGGGCGGCAAGCACAAAGCCUCAAGCCACAGAAGCAGGAAGGAGGAAAGGAAACAAAGGAGGAGGAAGGAGAAGGCGACGGAGAAAGAGGAAAGAAGGCAAAGAAGGAAGAGAGAAGAAUGGCUGAAGAAGCGGAAGGAAGAAAACGAGAGGAGGCGGCGACAGAGAGCGGAGGAGUGGCUGCGGGGCGGAGAGGAGGAGCGAGUGGCGAGGCAGCGGGCGGAGAGGCAGCACCUGCAGCACACACUGAGGCGGCGGAGGCUGCAGGCGUGGCUGGACAGAGAGGCGAGGCAGGCCAGGAGACUGGCCAAGGACAUGGCGAGGGGGGCGAGGAGAGAGAAGCAGAGGGAGCAGGAGAGGAGGAGCCAGGCAGAGGAAGAGGCGAGGAGGGAAGCACAGCGGCGGCAGGAGGAGAGAGACACGGCGGAUUGGACGCGGCGUAAGGUGGAGCAGGUGGAGGCGUGGUUCAGGCGGGACGAGGAGGAGAGGAGGAGGAGGGAGGAGCAGUUACGCCGCUACAGAAGGCUGGAGGAACGCUGGCGGCGGGAGGCGUGGGAGAAGAGGAGGAGGAUGGGAGAGGAGGGAGGGAGAGGAACACACAAGCAGGAGUGA